UGUUUCUCUCUUGCCACAGAUGACAGAAGCAGCAGCAGUCUCUGCCCCGGCUCCCUCUGCUCCUGGAGAAGAAGCCAAAGAGGAGCAAAAUGAGCAAGACGACCACAAGCCUGCAGCUGUGGUCACAGCAGAGCCUGAUGCUUCCGAGAGAAUCCUUCCAGAGAAAGAGCAGGAGCAGAUUGUGUUAUCAGAGAUGCCAUGCCGGACUCAGGGAGAGCUGAGAGCCCGAGAGCAGGAAGAGCAGCUCAGGCAGCAGGUGGAAGAGCCACAGGAGAAUGGCCAGAAUAUCAAGGCAGAGCCACAAGCAGAGCUGCCCGAAGCUCAGAGUGCCAUCACAGAAGUGAAGAAGAGGAACCAGGAAGAGACGAGAAGAAUUCAAAAGGAGAUGAAUCUCCAUCAGCAGAGGGGUGAUCAACAAAACCAGGUGACUGAAAGAGUGGCAGUCACUCCACUUGUGAAAGAUCCUCUCUCUUGUAUUUUACAGAACUUGAAGGAACAGCUGGACACAGACUUUCAGAAAGCUCACGCUAAGAUCAUGGCAAGGGAGAAGAGGCAGGAGGAAGAAAUGAAAAUCAUCAGAGAAAAACUUAAUCCCCUCCCUCAGGCUCUACAAAAGCAAGUGGCCAUAAAGAAAAUAAAUCUCCAAGAACUGAGGAAGAAGGAACUAAGAGUCAAUGAACUCAUGCUCAUGAAGCCAAAUAUGAAUUCCAAUCUGGUCAACUAUUUAGACAGCUACCUUGUGGAUGGGCAGCGCUGGCUGGUCAUGGAGUACAUGGACGGAGGCACUCUGAGCGAUGUCAUCAGCGAGACCUACCUGUCUGAAGACGAGAUGGCAGCCAUCAGUCGGGAGUGCCUGCAAGGCCUGGAUUUUCUUCACUCGAACCAUGUGAUCCACCGAGAUGUGAAGAGCAGCAACAUCCUUCUCAGAACCGACGGCUCUGUCAAGCUGGCUGACUCUGGCCCCUUUGCUCAGCUCACCCCUGAGCAGAGUCGACGGAGCUCAGUGGCCAGCACUUCUGGGUGGAUGGCGCCUGAAGUGGUGACAGGUCAACCAUGUGGCCCCAAAGUGGACAUAUGGUCUUUUGGAAUCAUGGGCAUCGAAAUGGCGGAAGGAGAAGUUCCUUACUGGAAUGAAACUCCUGUUUCGCUUCUGUUGCUGAAGGACAAGAAAUUUUCAGUGGAGAGUUUAGACAUGUGA